AUGCCGCAAUCUGCCGGUCACGAGGAGGUCUCCCUCCCUUCCAGCCCCCAGGCUGGAGGCGCUGUCGCCUAUAACCAGAUCAACAAGGAAUUGCAACCGCUUCCUCCGAUGGAGGCUCACAAUGGUGCCGUCAUCCCCCCCGCCUGCUUUCCCUUCCGCGGCAGCAACGGGCGGAUGACCUCCCUCGAGCUUGAAGACGGCACCGUCUAUCAAGGUUACAGCUUUGGUGCUGAGAAGAGUGUGGCGGGUGAAUUGGUCUUCCAGACCGGCAUGGUGGGAUACCCAGAGUCCGUGACGGAUCCCUCAUACCGGGGCCAAAUCCUCGUCGUCACCUUCCCCUUGGUCGGCAACUACGGUGUCCCCUCCCGGGAGACCAUGGACGAGCUGCUGAAGGAUCUGCCCAAGUACUUCGAAUCUACCCAGAUUCACAUCACCGCUCUUGUUGUGGCCACUUAUGCCGGAGAAGAGUACUCUCACUUCCUGGCUGAGUCCUCCCUUGGACAGUGGCUGAAGGAACACGACGUCCCCGCCGUGCACGGCGUGGACACUCGUGCUCUCACGAAGCGCAUCCGUGAGAAGGGUAGCAUGCUGGGACGUCUGCUACUCCAGAAGUCGGAGACUAUCAGUGAAUCCACCGUCAUCCCGACGGAGAAGGAUAGCUGGAGGCCUUUCUUUGAACAGACCGAAUGGGUUGACCCCAACAAGAAGAACCUUGUGGCUGAGGUCUCCAUCAAGGAACCGAAGCUUUACUCUCCCCCCGAAAAUGUUGCCCUCAAACACCCCUCCGGCCGCCCAGUCCGUGUUCUUUGCUUGGACGUGGGAUUGAAGUUCAACCAGCUGCGCUGUUUGCUCGCCCGUGGCGUCGAGGUCCUGGUCGUGCCCUGGGACUAUGACUUCCCCACCCUUGCUGGAAAAGACUACGAUGGUCUGUUCGUCUCGAACGGUCCCGGUGACCCGGCUAUGAUGUCUACCACCGUCAACAACUUGGCGAAGACCAUGAAGGAGGGCAGGACCCCGGUGUUCGGUAUCUGCUUGGGUCACCAGCUGAUCGCCCGCUCCGUCGGUGCCCAGACAUCAAAGAUGAAGUUCGGUAACCGUGGUCACAACAUUCCUUGCACCAGCAUGGUCACUGGAAAGUGCCACAUCACAUCGCAGAAUCACGGUUAUGCCGUGGACGCUGGUACCCUUCCCGAAGGCUGGGAGGAGCUCUUCGUCAAUGCCAAUGACGGUAGUAACGAGGGUAUCCGUCACGUCAGCAAGCCCUACUUCAGUGUCCAGUUCCACCCCGAGAGCACUCCGGGUCCCAGAGACACUGAGUACCUCUUCGACGUGUUCAUCAACACCAUCCAGGAUACCAUCGCCUCCCCGGAGGCUCUCAGCAAGGCUGUGGCUUUCCCCGGUGGUCAAAAGGAGGAGAACGCGAAGCUUGCUCCCCGUGUGUCCGUGAAGAAGGUUCUGAUCCUGGGUUCCGGCGGUCUCAGCAUUGGACAGGCCGGUGAAUUUGAUUACUCCGGAAGUCAAGCCAUCAAGGCACUGAAGGAGGAAGGCAUCUACACCAUCCUGAUCAACCCCAACAUUGCCACGAUUCAAACCUCCAAGGGUCUGGCUGACAAGGUUUACUUCCUCCCGGUGAACGCCGAUUUCGUGCGCAAGGUGAUCAAGCACGAACGCCCCGAUGCCAUUUACGUCACCUUCGGUGGUCAGACUGCGCUCCAGGUCGGUAUUCAGCUCAAGGAUGAGUUCGAGGCCCUUGGUGUCAAGGUUCUCGGUACUCCCAUUGAUACCAUUAUCACCACCGAGGACCGUGAGUUGUUCGCUCGCAGCAUGGAGUCGAUCAACGAGAAGUGUGCCAACUCGGCAUCUGCGUCCAGCUUGGAGGAGGCCCUCCGGGUCGUCGAAGACAUCGGCUUCCCCGUCAUUGUCCGCGCUGCCUAUGCCCUUGGAGGUCUGGGUAGUGGAUUCGCAGACAACAUGGAUGAGUUGAAGGAGCUGUGUCUCAAGGCUUUCGCCGCCAGUCCCCAGGUUUUGAUCGAAAAGUCGAUGAAGGGCUGGAAGGAAAUCGAAUAUGAGGUCGUUCGUGAUGCCAGAGACAACUGCAUCACUGUCUGUAAUAUGGAGAAUUUCGACCCUCUCGGUAUCCACACUGGUGAUUCCAUUGUCGUGGCUCCUUCCCAGACACUUUCUGACGAAGACUACAACAUGCUGCGCACAACUGCUGUUAAUGUUAUCCGCCAUCUCGGUGUUGUUGGUGAAUGUAACAUUCAGUAUGCGCUGAACCCCUUCUCCAAGGAGUACUGCAUUAUCGAAGUCAACGCCCGUCUGUCUAGAUCUUCUGCGCUUGCCUCGAAGGCCACCGGUUACCCCCUUGCCUUCAUUGCUGCCAAGCUUGGUCUGGGUAUCCCGUUGAACGAGAUCAAGAACUCGGUCACCAAGGUCACUUGCGCCUGCUUCGAACCUUCCCUGGACUACUGCGUUGUGAAGAUUCCCCGUUGGGAUCUCAAGAAGUUCACUCGUGUCUCUACCCAGCUCGGAUCUUCCAUGAAGAGUGUCGGUGAAGUCAUGAGCAUUGGACGGACGUUCGAAGAAGCCAUCCAGAAGGCUAUUCGCUCGGUUGACUUCCACAACCUCGGUUUCAACGAGACCAACGCCCUCAUGUCCAUCAAGGGUGAACUGCAGACUCCUUCUGACCAGCGUCUGUUCGCCAUCGCCAACGCCAUGGCUGCCGGCUACACCGUUGAUGACAUCUGGAAGCUCACCCAGAUCGACAAGUGGUUCCUGAGCAGACUGAAGGGUCUCAGCGAUUUCAGCAAGCUUAUGACCUCCUUCAACGCGACCACCGUGCCACGGCCCAUCCUUCGCCAGGCUAAGCAGCUUGGUUUCUCGGAUCGCCAGCUUGCCAAGUUCCUCAGCUCCAACGAACUUGCUGUCAGACGCCUGCGUGUUGAAUCUGGCAUCAUCCCUAUUGUCAAGCAGAUCGAUACAGUUGCUGCUGAAUUCCCUUCGUUCACCAACUACCUGUACCUGACCUACAAUGCCUCGGAGCACGACGUUACCUUUGAUGACAAUGGUAUUAUGGUCCUUGGUUCUGGUGUUUACCGUAUCGGUUCUUCUGUUGAGUUCGAUUGGUGUUCCGUGCGUACUAUCCGCACCCUCCGCGAACAGGGCCACAAGACUGUCAUGGUCAACUACAACCCGGAGACUGUCAGUACCGAUUACGAUGAGGCUGACCGCUUGUACUUCGAGAACAUCAACCUGGAAACUGUUCUCGACAUCUACCAGUUGGAAUCUUCCAGCGGUGUUGUCAUCUCCAUGGGUGGUCAGACCCCCAAUAACAUCGCUCUGCCCCUCCACCGCCUGAACGUUAACAUCCUCGGUACCUCCCCUGAGAUGAUCGAUGGAGCCGAGAACCGUUACAAGUUCUCCCGCAUGCUUGACCGUAUCGGCGUGGACCAGCCUGCCUGGAAGGAGCUUACGAGCAUUGAGGAGGCGACCAGCUUCUGUGACAAGGUCGGCUACCCUGUGCUUGUCCGUCCCUCUUACGUGCUGUCUGGAGCUGCCAUGAACACUGUCUACUCCGAGCAUGACCUUGCCAGCUACCUCAACCAGGCUGCCGAUGUUUCGAGGGAGCACCCUGUGGUUAUCACCAAGUACAUUGAGAAUGCCAAGGAAAUUGAGAUGGAUGCCGUUGCCCGCAACGGUGUCAUGGUUGGUCACUUCAUCUCCGAGCACGUGGAGAACGCUGGUGUCCACUCCGGUGAUGCUACCCUGAUCCUGCCCCCCCAGGACUUGGACCCCGAGACUGUCCGCCGCAUUGAGGAGGCUACCCGGAAGAUCGGAAACGCCCUGAACGUUACUGGACCUUACAACAUUCAGUUCAUCGCCAAGGACAAUGAUAUCAAGGUCAUUGAAUGUAACGUCAGAGCUUCUCGGUCUUUCCCCUUCGUUUCCAAGGUCAUGGGUGUCGAUCUCAUUGAGAUGGCGACCAAGGCUAUGAUCGGAGCUCCCUUCGCCGAGUACCCUCCCGUCUCCAUCCCCAAGGACUAUGUCGGUGUGAAGGUGCCCCAGUUCUCCUUCUCCCGUCUUUCCGGCGCCGAUCCCGUGCUGGGUGUCGAGAUGGCCUCCACCGGAGAAGUUGCUUCUUUCGGUCGUGACAAGUACGAGGCCUACCUCAAGGCCCUCAUCUCCACCGGAUUCCGCCUUCCCAAGCGCAACGUACUCUUCUCGAUUGGUUCCUACAAGGAGAAGAUGGAGAUGCUGCCCUCGAUCCGCAAGCUUCACCAGAUCGGGUUCAACCUCUUCGCCACCGCUGGUACUGCGGACUUCUUGAAGGAGAACGGCAUCCCCGUCAAGUUCCUUGAAAUUCUUCCCGGCGAGGAGGAGGACAUCAAGUCUGAGUACUCUCUCACUCAGCACUUGGCGAACAACCUCAUUGAUCUGUACAUCAACCUGCCGUCUAACAACCGGUUCCGCCGUCCUGCCAACUACAUGAGUAAGGGUUACCGCACUCGUCGUAUGGCCGUCGACUACCAGACUCCUCUGGUCACCAACGUCAAGAACGCCAAGAUCUUGAUCGAAGCCAUUGCCCGUCACUUUGCUCUCAACGUGCAGACCAUUGACUACCAGACCAGCCACCGCACCAUCAUCCUUCCCGGAUUGAUCAACGUGGCUGCGUUCGUCCCCAACCUGAUGACUCCUGGAUCCAACGACUUCGAGCUUAUGAGCAAGGCUUCCAUCGCCGCCGGUUUCAGCAUGGUGCGUGUGAUGCCUGUUGGUGUUGAGGGCUCUGUCACGGACACCCGUGCCCUGAAGAUUGCCCAGCAGAAUGCCCAGAAGGCCUCUUUCUGUGACUUCAACUUCUCUGUUGUGGCGACCGCUACCAACGCCGACCAGAUCGGACAGCUGACCGGAGAUGUUGGCUCGCUCUUCAUUCCCUUCAACCACCUGUCUGGCAACAUCAGCAAGGUUGCCGCUGUCACCAGCCACUUUGCUUCUUGGCCCUCCAGCAAGCCCAUCAUCACCGACGCCAAGUCCACUGAUCUGGCCUCCGUGCUCCUCUUGGCCAGCCUCCACAGCCGCAACAUCCACGUUAUGAGCGUCACUUCCAAGGAGGACAUCAACCUCAUCGCUCUCAGCAAGGAGAAGGGUCUCAAGGUCACCUGCGAUGUUUCCAUCUUCAGCCUGUUCCUUUCCAAGGAUGACUUCCCCGAGUGUAGCUCUUUGCCCUCGGUCGAGGACCAGCAGGCCCUUUGGGAGCACCUGAAGACCAUCGAUGUCUUCUCCAUCGGUAGCAUCCCCUACCAGCUGGCUGGUGAGAAGGCUACUCCCGUGGUCGGUAUCGCUGAGUCCUUGCCACUGCUGUUCACUGCGGUGUCGGAGGGUCGCUUGACCGUCGAGGACAUCAUUGCCCGUCUCUACGAGAACCCCAAGAAGAUCUUCGAGCUGCAUGACCAGGCCGACAGCUCCGUCGAAAUCGAGGUCGAUCGUCCUUACCUGUACCAGAGCACCAACGCUUGGUCUCCGUUCAGCGGCAAGAACGUCAGAGGCUCUGUGCAGCGCGUCACCUUCCAGGGAAAGACCUCUUGCCUUGACGGUGCCCUCACUGCUGAUGCUGCCAAGGGAUUCGACAUGUCCGGACACCGCAUCGUGCCCGCCUCCCCCUCCGUGAAGGCCAUGUCUCCCCUGGUCCGCGCCCGCCCCGAGAGCUCCCUGGAUAGAAGACUCUCCAUCUCCGGAACCCCUCUGCGUCCCGCCCGCAAGCUUGGUGACCAGACCGCUGCUCCUGCCGUGGGUGAGCUUGGACCUCCCUUGUACACCCCCGUUCCUCAGCAGUCCUCUCCUCUGCUUGACAUGCUCUCCCGGUCGCCUUUCAGACAGAAGCACGUGCUCUCCGUGAACCAGUUCACUCGCGCGGAUCUGCACCUGCUGUUCUCUGUGGCCCAGGAGAUGCGUCUCGGCGUGCAGCGCCAGGGUGUGCUCGACGUCCUCAAGGGUCGUGUGCUGUGCACUCUCUUCUACGAGCCCUCCACCAGAACCUCGGCUUCUUUCGAUGCUGCCAUGCAGCGCCUGGGUGGACGCACCAUCGCAAUCUCCACGGAGCACUCGUCGACGAAGAAGGGCGAGACCCUCCAGGACACCAUCCGCACCCUGGGAUGCUACGGAGAUGCCGUUGUUCUGCGUCACCCCGACCCCAGCAGUGCCGAGACCGCCGCCAAGUUCUCUCCGGUCCCGAUCCUCAACGGUGGCAACGGCAGCGUCGAGCACCCCACUCAGGCGUUCCUCGACCUCUUCACCAUCCGUGAGGAGCUUGGAACCGUCACUGGCCUGACGAUCACCUUCACCGGUGACCUGCGCUACGGCCGCACCGUGCACUCGCUGAUCAAGCUGCUCCAGUUCUACGACGUCCGCGUGCAGCUGGUCGCGCCCAAGGAUCUCUCUCUUCCCGAGGAGGUCCGCCAGCAGAUCAUCGCCUCCGGCCAGCUUGUCGUGGAAUCCGAGGAGCUGACUCCCGAGAUCGUUGCCCGGUCCGACGUGCUGUACUCGACCCGUGUGCAGAAGGAGCGGUUCGCCGACCUGCAGCAGUACGAGCGUCUGAAGAACAGCUUCGUCAUCGACAACGCUCUCCUGAAGCACGCCAAGACCCACAUGGUUGUGAUGCACCCUCUGCCCCGCAACGCGGAGAUCUCGGAGGAGGUUGACUUCGACCAGCGGGCGGCCUACUUCCGCCAGAUGAGGUACGGUCUCUACUGCCGUAUGGCCCUGCUUGCCUUGAUCCUGGCACCUUAGGUCAUAUCGGGAGUUGUGACGAUGUGUACGAAACAAAUUGAGGGAACUUGACGGAUAUCUGUGUGUUUUCCUCACAGCUCUCUGGAUGGCGACCUCGCGAUCAUGUUUGACGUGAUUUCUUCCGUGUUUCCUUUUCAGCAUUGGCUGGUGUUUUUCUCGUUCAAAAGUUGUGUGCAGUGUGAUUUCCUUACAUAUACCGCGUAGGCUGCGAGGCGGAUUAGAAACGCCGCCUCCGCAUUAGAUUAGAUGAAUUUUCUCUCCUAUGAACAUCGUGAACCCGUUAUACGUGAUGUAUAUGGUUGUACCGUGUUGUGUAUUGUGUGUGGUGUGUGUUGUGUGUGUGUGUUACGUGUGUUGUGUGUUAUGUGUGUGUUGUGUGUGUUAUGCGUGUCGUGUGUUUUGCGUGUUUUGUGUGGCGUUUUCUGUGUUUUUUUUUUUUGUGU